AUGACCGAAUCAAUCCCUAAAAUACAAACUGCAGGUUGGAUCCAGGAUCCAGGUCCAGACUGCGUACUCCAAAUCCGAAACGAUGUUCAAGUCCAGACUCCUUCCACCGGCGAACUCCUCGUAAAGCUCGAAUACAGCGGUAUAUGCCAUAGCGACUGCCAUAAUCUUGUCUCUCCUGGGAAAUAUACCGAAGUACCUGGCCAUGAAGGUGUGGGAACUGUCGUAUCACUCGGUCAGGGAGUGUCAGAAGAGUUGCUAGGAAAGAGGGUGGGCAUAAAGUGGCUUUGGAACGCGUGUAAGGAGUGCAGUAGCUGUAAACAGGGCAAGGAGAACCACUGCGCCAAACAGAAGAACACCGGCCGAAGUGUAUGGGGCACCUUGCAGCAGUAUGUUGUUGCGGAUGCGGAGUUUGUGACAAGGAUACCCGAGGGAGUCAAGAGCGAGAUUGCAGCGCCACUACUCUGUGCAGGUCUUAGUCUUGCGGGCGCCGUAUCGAAACUCACACCCGAGGUUAACCCAGGCGACUUUGUGGCUAUCAUUGGUGCUGGAGGUGGUCUUGGACAUAUCGGUGUGCAAAUUGCUACUAUCAAGGGAUACAAGGUCAUCGCCAUUGACAGUGGUGCUGAGAAGGAGAAGCUGACUAAAGAGAUGGGUGCCGUGGCUUUUGUGGACUACGCCAAACAGGAUGUGGUACAAGCAGUCAAGGAUCUCACAGAUGGUGAAGGUGCGCAUGGCGUUAUCUGCGUCGCAGGAAGCGAAAGAGCGUAUCAGCAAGCUCCAGCGUUAGCGAGAAAUAGUGGUGUGUUUGUUUGUGUUGGGCUUCCGCCCGACACGUUCAUGUUCCCCAUGUCUCCGAUCCACAUCGCUAACAGAGGAUUGGUCAUUAGAGGAUCGUCAACAGGUAGCGCCAAACAGAUGGAUGAACUACUACAAAUGGCUUUGGAAGGCAAGAUCACACCGAAGGUCGAAGUAUACGAUUUUGCCGACUCUCCGAAGAUUCUACAGGAAUUGCAACGUUAUGAAGUUACUGGCAGGAAGGUAGUGCGGGCACCAUAA